CCAGACCAGAGUCGAGUCUGGCUGGCCAUGGCCAUGGCCAUGGAUGCCUUCGGCUCCGUGUUCGGCGAGGCCAAGCCGCCGGUGACGAUACGGAUGCGACCCGUCCUCUUCCACGCCCACGCCCACGCCCAUACUGAUGAUGUCUCCCAACUCUGCCUCCUCGCCACCGACCUCCACUCCCACGCCUGGGACCGCUCCCUCUUCCUCUCCGACAUCGACGAUCUCAGAGACGACGUCGGGAUCGGCGGCUCCUGCUCCGACUUCCUGGAUUACCUCAAAUCUUGCCUCUCCUCUGGGGAAGUCAACCUCAUCUUCCCUCACAAUGGGCUUGAUCGUGUUCAUCUUGUUGCUACAAAGGACUACGCAGGACUAUACAUCCAGAGAACAAGAGCGAGCGUCAAAGCUGAUGGAGACUCUAUCAUCUGA